AUGGUCAACGUCAAGUACACAAAAAUCUUUAUCAACAACGAAUGGGUCAACUCGGUGAGCGGGAAAACCUUCCCUGUGAUUAAUCCCACCACGGAGGAGAAAUACGCCGACAUUGCUGAGGGUGACAAGGCCGACGCCGACAAGGCCGUGGCCGCUGCCGUGGCCGCUUUCCGUCUGAACUCUCCCUGGCGCAAACUGGACCCUUCCGCCCGAGGCCGACUGCUGAACAAACUGGCCGACCUGUUGGAACGAGACAUUGAAGAGAUGGCGGCGCUUGGCUCGCUGGAGAGCGGAAAAGUGAUGGCCACGUCCAUCUUUGAGGUGCAGGCCUCGGUGGCGACGCUGCGCUACGCCGCCGGUUGGGCGGACAAAAUUCAUGGAAAGACCAUUCCAGCGGAUGGGGGCGUCACCAGCUUCACGCGAAUUGAGCCAGUUGGCGUCUGUCUAGCAAUUUGCCCAUUUAACUUCCCAAUCCUUCUAACCU